UUCGUACAUAAAAUUCCACUGCAUGCUUUUGUUAUAUAUGGUAUUAAAAUGUAUAUAGUAAUAGCUUUUACUGUCUGGAUUACAUUAGAUAGCUCUGAAAUUAAAGAACAAUCGCUUACUGUUAGAAUAGUGGUGUUGCUUCCUAUUAUAAUCGGAGCAAUUUUUGUUGUUAUUCAAUACUUUGCUGGUUAUAGAUCAACUAUAAUCACUCCCAGCUAUGAUUGGGGUCCGAAGAACAGCACAAUCAGAAUGGAUCGAGGUUGGUUUGAUCCAACUCAUCACUUCAUAUUCGACACUCGAGAAAAGCUUUGUAAACAUAAGUGUGCAGCAACCCAUGCAAAUCUUAGCUCCGAAGUUGAAGCUUGGAAAAAUAAACUACAAGCACAUGAAUAUUCAUUAAAUAAUCAACUUAAUUAAAAUGUAUUUCUUUCAAGAA